GGCAGCAACUCAAAGGAAGAAGAUAUCUCAGAUGGUGCAAAUAGGGGAACUAAAAGGAAACACAGCGACGCCAGUAAAGACCCGCCUCAGCUUAGUGUUAAACUUCCCCGCAUGAGUGAUAUCCAAUCACCAACAAAGGAUCGGAAUCAUGCACGCCUUCCUGUCGACAUUUUGUUAUUGACUGUAAAGGACUGUGAGUUCUUAGCUUGUUAUAUGCACCUGAACAAUCCGUUCAGAUGUUGGUUCGACGGUCUCGGUUUUGUUUACUUCGAGGACGAGAAUGAAGGCCAAGAUGAGAAAGUAAAAGUUGCUUUAUUGCGAUGCAAUGAAGGUUCUAGUGGUCCGGGAGGCUCCAUAGUAACUACAAAAAAUGCUGUCUCAGUGCUUAUGCCCAAAGCAGUUAUUUUAGUGGGAACGUGCGGUAGCCUCCGUCCUGAGGAAACCAAAUUGGGUGAUGUUGUAAUUUCUGCAAAGUUGACAACAUAUGGAUUGAAGGUUGUGACAAAUGAUAAAGAGCUGCACAAUAACAUAAGAACGUUUGCCAGCAAACGAUUUCUUGACCUCAUUAAGGAUUCAGCUCUUGGCUGGGAGGCUCCUUUGGAGAACACGGAAGAUCGAGAAGUCAAAAUUCACAGCAGCGGUGAGCUGUUGAGCGUUCCAGAAGUAAUCAAUACAGAAUUGCGGCGUAAACAGCUGGCUGAAACCUUUCCUCUGGCAGUGGCUGUUGACACCGAAGCCGAAGGUAAUGAAAUCCCUGGUGGGGUAGGGGUGGAAAGUUGGGGGCUGGGGUAUUAUAGCAAAAAUUAGAAAAAAAUAGGUUGCCCAUAGCAACGCGUCCUUUUUAAUGCCCUUAGGGGGUCCCUUAGGGGCAGGUUAAAAACAAGCGCGAGAUUUAACGAGCGCGCAAUCAAACUUGAUUGCGAUCGUCGCGACUUCGAUUACGUCGAAAACACCCAGACAGAGGCUCACCAUUUGGAUAAUCUGUUCAGCCUUCUAGGUUUUUAAAAUUUACAGGUUUUGAGAACGCACCUUUCAAUUUGAUAUCCUGUCAUUCAUUUCAUUUCUCAGCUAUACUCAAUGGUCCCAUUUAUAAGUGGUGCCGUGUUUCUGUUGCAGGACUGUACACAGCUGCAUUUGACCUCCAAGUUGAGUGGCUUGUUGUAAAGGGAAUUUCUAGUUAUGCAGAUGGCAGAGAGACCACAAAUGAAAAAUGGAGCCAAUUUGCAAGUGCUAAUGCCGCUUCUCUAGUUGCCAAGAUUUUAAAUGAUGAUGUUGUCUUCAAAAGAUGGCCUCAUUAUCAAGGAAACGACGACAAUUUUAUCAAAGGUAGGUUCGUUUAGUACACACAAUACAUAAUAUAGUUUCCACUUUUAUAUCGUGCUGUUGUUACGACUUAACGAUAUGUUGGAAAAGCCAAGGAGAUACUAAGGGUAAGUUUUUCCCAUGUCGUUUAGAAUAAAAACGACUUAUAUGGAAAAGCAAGGAAGGAAUAAGAGAAUGCUUAAGCCUUUAAAUAACCGCUUAGUAAACCUUUACGUAUCCACGGGUAAAAGUAUAGUAAAGUUAAAUACAUCUUGUCUGAUCAUGUCCUUGUUAAUUGUCGUGUCCCGUCAGUGUUAAAAAGAAUUGAUGUUACAAAGAGAAAUUUGAGGUUGAUCACUAUCCACACGAAUCUGACAGUCAUGAAACCGCCUAUCUAUUUACCCGGAUUCAUAAGUGUGGACGUGAACGAAAAUGAAUGGCAAAUUUCACAAGAAUUGUGAAAACACAGGUAAAAUUCGGAAAAUUUCAUGUUUAAGAUGAAUUUUGUGAAAUUUGACAUUUAUUUUCUCUGGCUCCCAUAAGAACGUUUCUUUGGUGUUAUGAAAGAUAACUAAUUACAUCUUCAGCUCUUGAAAAAUGUAAAAAAAAAAAUGCAAUACUCUUUUAACUAUUUUGGUACAAGGUUUUUGUCCACUGAAAAUUGAAAUUACUCAAUUUCCUGGUGGAUUCCGUCUUAAACGCUUUUCUCAAUCUAGAAUCAUAAUUACAGCUAGUAGACAUUAUGGAAACGGGGAAAAAACGCUAUUGUACUCUUGUAAGCUGUAAAUUUGACAAGAUGUCUCUUAUCCAGUAACUGUUUCACGCUUCAUCCUGAAUGGGUGGAAAGAAAAGGCAAUUUAAAAAGGAAAAUAGAAUUAGAUCAUAGUCUCCGUGUGAAAUAGCAUAAUUCUCGGAUAUAAAAAUCAUAGAAAACCAAAUGGAGUGUAAUAAAUAAUGCACAUGGACUCCAUGUUCUAUCGCACUUUUUAAUAAUCGUCGCAUUUUGUAACACCUAUCACACUUUGUAAUAACAUCGUCGCACUUUUUAAUAACACUUGUCUCACUUUGUAAAAACACUUGUGGCACUUUGUGAUAAACUUGAAAUGGAUGGUGGGAGGACAAGUAAAUCCAAUAAUAAGUAUCAUUAUUGACAACAACAACAAUAACAAUAAUAAUAAUAAUAAUAGUCAGCAAUUACUGAAUGAGGCUGAAUAUAUAGGAUAUGAAGAAUUAAGCAGAUCGAGGCGCUGUUAUCCACCUCGGCCGAUAACACCCGCCGAGAUCCGCUUAAUUCUUCAUAUACUACGAAAGCCGAACUCAUUAAUUACUUUAUUAUUCAUUCAAAAUAAUUCCUAGUUUAAAGUGCUACUACGACGAAAAUUUUUGUUUUUGUUUCCGAGUUUUUUUAACAUAAUUCUUUUGUAUAUGUUCAAAAUUAUACAAAUAGCGAAAAAUUGGAACGAUACUUGCGUACGGGGCUGGAAAUUUCCCACUGAAAAGUGCGUAAAUACCGUCCGCCAUUACAAAGUUCGCAAAGCAAUAGCCCGCGAGAUCUCCGCAAAGCGGUCGUGCGUUUGACCACGUGAUUUAUGCACUGUGACGUAGAAACAUCAACUAAAAGAUUCGCAUUUGGGAAAAGUUUGUGAGUUUAGAGCCUUUUAACAAGACGUUUAAGAUGUCAUCUCCGUCGGAUUCCUCUUCCUGCACAUCUGAAAGUGAUCUAGAAAGUUUUACAGUUGACGAAGUGAUUGGGGAAUUGUCUGAAUUUGCGCCGUACGACGACAGUUGCGCGAACCCCUUGCUACCGAGGAAGAAGCCGCGGACUACAACGAAAGAGUUCAUCGCGAAGAAGAAGGGGAACAACAGUUUCAACGAAGAUAUUCGGGAGAGGUGCCAGCGAAUGAAUGGUAUGGUAUUAUCAUGGAAUGUAGAUUUAUAUUUUUAUUUUCCAAUUUCAACAUACCCGUCGUUAAAUCGUGCGCGUGACGAACGCGACUGUGUGUUUUGUUUAAGUUUACAAUUUCGUUGCUAUGUGAUUAGCUGUAGUACUGAUUUUAUGCGAUAGUUUUAUUGAAGAGGUCAGACAAUUAAUAAUUUUAUACAGACGUAUUUUUCUUGUGUUUGACGAAUUUUUCACAUUAUUUUGCAGGUGUUCGUGCUCGAACUGCUCUGUCAGCCUUGUUACAAAAGCGUAGGAGUGCAUUUGCUGCAAAGAGAUCGAUCGCUGCGAAGAGGUCAUGGAAGAAGCCAUUGGAGACCGGACCGUAUGCAUAACCCUCCAUCCAGGGUUUGAACUCGUCUGCUUAACCCGCCACGUAUUAGAAGUGGCUGCACUGGGCCUAAAAACGCGAGCUGGAAAGUCGUACACAGCUGUUCGAGGGCAAAGCAACAAAAGUGAUGAUGAGUAAGUUGGGGUAUUGUUGACUUUGUAUCGGUACGAUCGAACCUUACGUAGCAUUGAAUAAUUGAUACAUCUAAGCUUAUCGCCGUGGACUGAUCUCAUAGAAUCACAUUUUUUAUUUUCUAAAUGGCUUUAUUGCCCCAACUGCUUAUUUUUAAAAAGAGUAUUUAUUUAUCUCCAUCCAAUCCCUCCUUGAAUUAACAGUGACCUCAUUUCUCUAACUAGAUUCCUGAGGUCUGUGGCCUAUCGCCAAUUUACAAGACUGCUGUGGAGUUAUAUUGGUAGUUCCAGGUGAUACCCCUUGCCCUGUUGUGCCUACAAUAAAAUCAGGAAACAAUUUCCGAGUCAAAAUGGCCAUUAUCGUGGAUUCGAAGAUGAAGAAAAUGAAUAAUAAAUGCACUGUUUGUUCUUGAAGAGUGUCAUGUAUGCCACUGGGGCCAAGAAGGACCUACAGUAGUUGCUUGAAUACUUGUCCGUAAGCACUUAAUUUUGUGGGCCAAACUUCAGAAUUCUCAGCCACUUACUCGCUUUUUGUUGAAUGACAAACUUGCCCACUGUGUGAAGCCCUGUUCUUCUAGCGUUCAGUUAAACUCAAGUUUAGUGGCUGAGAAUUCUGAUGUUGCUCCAAUUUUCAUGUACACAAGUAAUAAAAAUUAAAUCGAAUUCAGCCUGAAUUUAAUUACAGUUUUAAUGUAUCGUUUCUUUCUUUUCACUCGGCUCACCAAGCACUGCAAAACUUAAUAGCAGGUUACCUGCUGGAAACUUUCCUAGCAGGUCUGGUUGACUCUUGCAGACUUUUGUCUGGCUACAGGUUCUGCAGAAACUUUCUAAGGUUAACAAGGUACCUGUCUGUGAUACAGAAAGUUUGGGUUUUGAAAAGAAGCACAAGUGGCAGAACUGAAACAAAAGAAGAAGUUUGGAAAGGAAAACAAUUCCCUUCGGUUCCUCUCGAAUGUUUUUUUUCUUGUAGAUCCAACCUAUAAAAAAUGAUUGAAAGGAAAUACUCAUUUAAUCAUAGAAUCUGAAAUAAUAAAACAACAAUAAAAAAAAAUGAUUAUUUUUAUUGUUUUUCUCAGGGUGUUGCCAGUUUUUCAACUUGUUGUAAACCUGGCUAAUUGUGGGUUGGGAUUAUUAAAUAAUCAAAUAUUGAUAAAAUAUAAUAAAAAUAUAAAGAUAGACAGUUACGCCCAUAUGACUCAUCAACAUCAAUUAUUGUUGACUCACCAGCAUUCACCAUCAGCAACUGCUUCGGCUCUCGUAUGCUCUUAAAGGUUUCAACCCACUGAUCUUGAUUGGA